UACCUAACUGCAUCGAGUACCCCGAGCUCCACUCACCAGCCACAGACUGACCAAUCAGGACAAUUCUUUUUGUGAGCCAGUCUUCCAUUUCCCCUAGCCACCAUAGCCACGCAUCAUUCGAUAUGUGAGAAACUCUGGAGUCAGUCAACGGCUACCGAAUCAGAUCAAUUCAAACUACCACAAGCACAACCACCACCACCCGCGCUCCCGCCAAACACCACACCACGCACAACCGAAUCCAUAAUCAUACCCAUUCCCGAUCUCGAAAUAAUUUCUUUUAUUUCUUUCGACAUAGCAGGGAAGAAGGGAAAAAGCCAAACGAACAAACGAUUACGACUAUCUAUAAUUCUCGUCGUCAUACCCAAUUAAACCGCGCCUCUCCACUCGACUAAUUUUUUUUUUCUUUUUUCUUCCUUCAAAACUCUCCACUCACCUAAUAAAAAUAUUAUGUCCUCGAUGUCGCUCCUCAGAAUCGCCUCGCGCGGGCCGUCUAAGACCUUUUUUCGUGCCAACCGACCUGUCGCACCCACCCGAUCAAGUGCUUCCCUCGUUCCGGGCCUGAUUGCCGGCUCCAGCCUUAACUUCAGCACCACCGUGCCCCGAAGAGCGGCCGCGCAUCACGAAGAGACGUUCGAGGAAUUCACUGCCAGGUAUGAAAGCGAAUUUGAGAAGGUGCAGGAUGUUUUUGAGCUCCAGCGCAAUCUAAACAACGCAUUCGCCUACGAUCUUGUCCCCUCUCCCUCGGUUGUCGAGGCCGCCCUCCGCGCCGCCCGCCGGGUAAACGACUUCCCCACCGCCGUCCGCAUCUUCGAGGGCAUCAAGGCCAAGGUCGAGAACAAAGACCAAUACCAACAGUACCUCGAUGAGCUCAAGCCCCUGCGCGAAGAGCUCGGUGUUAUGCUGAAGGAAGACCUGUACCCCGAAGAGAGCAAAUAGACUUCCUCUCUUCUACUUUUGCACCAAAGUCCCUAGUCAUUCAUCAUUCAUCAUUUUCCAAGUCUAAAGCAUUUGAGGAGAAAGGUUGAAAAGG